AAUUUCCCAUUUCUAAUAAGAACUCAAUCGUGGAAUAUCCUUUAAUCCUCAUUAAUUAAACGAUUAAAAUUCUGUAAUGUUAAGUAAUCAAAAACUCAUAUAUAUCUCAAUUAAAACAGAAUACUUUACUAUCAAUUUCUGCUAGUCUAAUAGUGAUAAAGUUGAACUCGUCUUACUGUUACUUUUAAUACUUAAAGUGUGUGAUGUAAAAAAUAAAUUAAAAGUAAAAAGCCAUACGAUUUCAUUUAUUUAGUCAUAUAAAUUUUUUUUCGAUUGGGAUAGUAUUAUCCUUAAGAAUGUCUUCUUUAAAACAAGUAAUGCAAGUUAUCAAUUCACACCAAUUGCCAGCCCAGUUGAUAGAAUCUAACAAAAGUAAAUUGACUGGAUUGAUUAAUAAUGGAUUGUAUGCAUGGUUUGCAUUUGAAGCCAAUAUAAUUUUGUAUUCUAAACAACUUGAAUCAAUAGUGUCAUCCAGAAUAUUCGGAGAUAAUUUCAAAGAUAAGUCAUUAAGGAUAACAUAUGUUAAUGAAUUAAAUCAUGACGCAGAAAAAAUGCAUUUUUUAUUGGUGGGUUGUUCAUUUAAAUCAUCAGGAUUAUUAUAUGUAUGUCAACUUCCCACUUUGACAACUGUACGCUGUAUUGAGCUGCCGAAUCCGGUAACAUACAUAUCAAGUAUUAAAAAUGAGUCAUUUGAUGAUCAUCGACUUUGUGAUGAAUUCAAAAUGAUGUCAACUAUACUUUUGGUUGGUAUGUCAACAGGUGCUGUUUAUGCUAUUGAUUUAAGAUAUAGUCAUAUUAAACAAAAAUUAAAUCACAAUGAAAUAGUCAUAAAUGAAAGCAGACCAAGUAAAUUAUUUAUAAUUGGUAGAAAUGAAGAUUGUCAAGAAGUUAAAGAGAUGAGUGAUGAUAGUGAUUGUCAUUUAGCUAUGUUUAUUAAUGAAAACUUUUAUGCAUAUUGUAAAAAACAGUAUAAUGGCAAGUUAAAUUUAAGUGUUUCAAGUUUGCUAUUUGUUGAAGAAAUAAAUACUGUUGCCAUUGGUUAUUCUACAGGUCAUUUUCAACUUAGAGACUGUAAAAGUAUGCGAACCAUUUAUCUUCUGAAAGAACCCAAAUGCAGUAUGCCUGUGUCUCAUAUUGGAUUUCUUGAACCCUCUGAUGAUCCUAAUAACUUAUGUUACCUUUGGGUAAUUCAGUCUGAUAACACUAGAUUACCACAUGCAACUAUGAUUGCAUUAACUUAUGAGCAUCGUAAUAUAAUGCCUAAUGGAAAUUUUGCUUAUAGUGUAUAUCAAGGUAAUGGUGUAAAAUUAGAAAUGUCAUUGAAACGAGAAACAGGUAUUGGAAAGUGUAUAUCUGUAUCAUCUGUGUGCAAUGUAAAUAUGGCUAGAGAUGAAACUGAUAUGGAUGAAGAUUGUGAAAUAAGAUUAUUUGCUAUGUUAUUAGAAAUUAGACAAAGUGUUGAUUCAUUUCCAGAAUCUUGUAUGUUUUUAUUUGAUAUUAAUCAAUGGUAUAAAGCACAGAUGCCAUCUAAUAUCAGUCAUCUUAAAAUUUCAAACUCUUAUGCGAGUUUUGUAAAAUUACCAAAUAAUGUAAAUUAUUUGGAUUUUAAUAUUUCUACUAAAACAUUAAGACCAUUUGGCAGUAAUUUCAGGAGUAAUGUCGAAGAACUGUACUACCCUUCUUCUAUAUAUUUUGAAUGUGAUUGUUUAUUGGAUACUGAAUUAGUUCGACUAAAACAUACUGGAGUGCAACAAAAAAUUUUAGAUCAAUUAUUUGAAAAAAAUUGGAGAAUGUUGAUUAAUCCUAAUUUAGUUUUUAAUCAAUGUUUAGAAGUUAACCUCAAACCUUUUUUUUGGGAUAAAUCGGAUGACUACAAUUGUUAUAGUAUGCCGGAUCAAAGAAGUUUUGUAGUUUCAAUAUUGGUUGAAAAUAAAAUGAUGUCUGUAUUAAACUCUUGUGCGGAAGAAUGGAAAAAUGGUACCUAUGCAUCUAGUGAAGCUACUAUUUUACACUUGGUUCAAAGUCUCUGGAAACAUGUAAUGGUCGUAAAACAGUUUGCUGAUAAGCUAUGUGUACCUCUAUUUGAUUAUUCUGGUACCCAAUUAGACAAGAAAAGUCAACGUAUGCUAAAUCAUUGUUUAUCUCAAAUGCAGUGUGUUAAAAUUUUUCUAGAAGAUCUUCACAAUACUUAUGGUGCUCACAUUACCAAUGUUGAUUAUUCUUAUCGUGUUUCUACACUGAGCCUAGUCACACAAUAUUUUAAAGCAGUUACUUGUUUCCUCAAUUAUGGUCUCUUACCAGAGUCUUUAGAUAUAAAUGUAGAUCAUCCAACAGUACAUUGUGCUUUUCAAUCUUUAAUUAAUUAUUCUAAUCAGAGACGAACUGAACUUGGAGAUUCUCAACUAUACUUGAUAGAUGCUGUUGUUAAUCAUGAAAAAAAAGGAUUUAAGCUGAUUGAGCAAUGGCAACAUGAAGGUGGUGAAGCAACCAAAGGAAUGUAUCCUCCUGCAAAUGUUCAAUGCUUAUUAAGAAUUUAUUUAAAUGCUGCACUUUCUGAUCAAGUGAAAAAUUAUAUAACUAUUUAUUUUUUAAUUGAUGUCUGCUCUACUCAAGACCUUGAUGAAACAACCGCAAACCGCAUGUGUAAUUUUGCAAUUGAAUUUGAUGUUGAAAAUAAAAUUUUAAAUAGUCUUUGUCGUGCUAGCUGGCUAUUAGAUCAUGACAUGUUUGAGGAUGCUAUGGAAAUUUUGUCAAGUGAUAAAGACUGGGCAAAAAAAACUAAGAAUAAAUCAUGGGAAUGGUUUCAUUGGACUGUUAUGAAAUUACUCGUUUUUAAAAAAGAAUAUUUUUGGGCCCAGUUUUACAUGAAACUUAUUAGUGUUAACAUAAAAAAUGAAGAUGAUCACAAAUUUUACAUAAAUCUGUUAAUAAUGAACAACCAAAUUUUUGAUGCUCUUCAUUACAUUCAAACAAAACAUCCUGAAGAAAAAUUAUUUUUACUUGAAUAUUUUUUUAAUCGUUGUAAGGAAGUAAAUAAACUAAGGUCUUUAAUAAAUUAUCAGUGGGAAUUGGAAGAAGAUGUAUUUUUAAACUAUUUAAAAACUUUAAAAGACCCAGAAUCACUUUCUAUUCAAUUAUUAUUUUUACUCCAAAGAGGGAGGUACACAGAAGCUGUUGAAUUAAAUAAUAGCUUUGAAAAAAACAGUAAAAUAAAAUAUGAUGAUGAUUUAAUGAUAACUAGUUUAUUAGUUCACGGUUUUAAUAAAACUUUACCAAAAAUAAAUUCUCAAAUUCAUGGUAACUUAACUGUUAAAAAUGUAUAUAAAAAAACAGAUACUGUGUUAAAAAGUAUCAAUUCUGAUGGUAAAUCAUUUAAUAUUAUUGACAAAAUCAAAGAAAACACUAUAAAAUUAUGGAAUUCUCCUAAUAAAUUUUCCAAACAUUCAAAUGAAGAGAUUGUGGAUUCAGUAAAAAAUUCACGUAAACGUUCUCCUAAGGAUGAUGAUAUUGAGAUAAAUAAGGAGAAACGUAGAAAAAUUCAAGAUUGCAUUUUAAGUCCACCAAAUACUAAAAUAACAGAAGUGUGUUCUAUAGGAAAACAGGUUCUUGAAAUACUUAAUACUCCUUUAGUAGGAAAAUCAAUAGCCUCUCCUCCAGUUGUUGGCUAUUCAUCAAUCUUAAAGACUGCAGGAUCCUCUAAAAAACAUAAAAAUGUAUUAUCGAUAAUUGGUAAUAAUACGCCUAUUUCAAAAACUACAUUAAGGUUUAGUUUGCCCAAUGAAGAAAACAGUUAUAGCAAAAAAUGCAGUUCUAUAGGUGUAGAUCUUAUGAAUGAUGAUAACCAAGGAAAUGAGAGUUUUUAUAGUGUUAGUAGUAAUGAUGUUUCUGAACAGACAACUAAUAUUUCAGAACAAAAAUCAAUAAUUAGUAAAUUAUUAUCAAAUGACACUGUUGAUUAUGAAGUUGAUAAAAAGGAUUAUAUGUCAGAUGAAGAAAUUUUGCAUGAUGAGUAUGAAAAAAUGGAUACAACAGAAAAUAGUUUUUACCAUAAAGAAGUACAAAAUGAUAGCAUCCCACAAAACAUAGAAACUCAUAAAUCUGAAUUGAAAUCUAAAGUUAUUGAACUAGUAGAAUUAUCAUCAGAUGAGGAAGAAAUUAAUGAAAUUUAUAAUAAUGGAUUGAAAAAAAGUAUGGUUUAUGAUACUAUGCAAGUAGAUACCACUGAAAACAAAUCAAUAGACAACCAUAGUUUGCAAAAUUAUAAUGUAGAAACUUUUGAUGUUGAAAAAUUCAAUUUAACCACAAAUAGUCAGACUAAUAAUUUAAGUCUUCAGGUAGAUAAAAGCUCUUGUGAUUUAUUAGAAAAUCAAUUGAUUUGCUGUGAAUCUACUUCUCAAAUAAGUAAUGAUAAAAUCCUGAGCUGUUUUGAAGUAUCGUCAUCAAAUAACCAUAUAGUUCAAAAAUUAAGAAAUGAGAGCUCAUCAGUUAAUAAUGAAACACUAAGUUAUAAAACAGAAACAAAGAAUACUUGUAAUGAAGAUGAUGACAUAGUUUAUUUAAAUACUGAAGAUGAAAAUUCUAGUAAUAAUACUUGUCCAUCCAGUUCAUCAAGUCAAAAAUCAAUAGAUGUUAAUAGCAUAUCUGAUGAUGAAAGUGAAUUAGAAAUGACAAGGUAUGGUAGAUUUAAAUCUCAUGAUAACAGAGUUUCUGAAUCAUUUAUUCAAAAAGAGAAAUAUGAUUGCUCUGAAGAAUCAGAACAAUACUUUGAAGAAAAUGUUGAAGAAGAGGAUAUUGAAGAGGUAGAUAUUGAUGAUGAUGAUGAACAAGAAGAAACUGAUGACGUAGGUGUAGAUGAUGAACAAGAAGAAACUGAUGAAGUAGGUGUAGAUGAACAAGAAGAUAAAUAUGAAGUAAUUGAAAAAGAAAAUGUUUAUUCCCAAGAAAUGUCAAAUAAUGAUUUAGAAUUUUAUGAAGAAAGUCAUGUUAAACAUAGUGCAAUUAAAGAUGACAGUGAAGAAUAUUGUAAUAUAAGUUCUCAUAAUAUGGAGAUAAAUGAAGAAAAAUUCCCUUUUAACAAUACAAAUAUAUUAGAAAAAAAAAAAACAUUUGACUACCAAGAUGAAAAAUCAGCUGAUUCCAGUAUCAUUGAAUGUGAAAAUGUUCAUGAAGAACAUUCUGAUCAUCAAAAUGAUAAAACCAGUAAUAGUUAUAUAUAUCAUCAAAAUCAAACUAGGAUAAAUGAUUAUAUGAAUCUUCAACUUCAAAACAAGACUUCUGGCGAUAUUGAAUUAAUAAACGAACUAAAAACUAAUACAAAAAAUCACAAUUUUGAUAUGUCACAUGGAAAAACUGAUAUUGAUAAUCCUACAUCAUCUGAUAUAACAAAAAAUCCAAGUAAUUUUUUAUUUGGUCAACAAGAUACUUCUGAUAAUAAACCCAUGUUAUUGUUUGGCCAAAUAUACUCAUUUCAAAAUGAACAACCUGUUGCUAUAAUGAAAGUGAGUGAAUCAUCUAAAUCUAAUUCAUUUACACAAAUUGAGAAUAUUCAAGUAAACAAUGAUACUGUAUCAGAAAAAGUAGAAGUUGUUGAUGAGAUAAAAGAUAUUUUGGAACUAGAAUCUUUGCCUGAUAGUAAUCCAGAUGAGUUUAUAGAAACAUACAAUACACGUUCCAGAUCUUCAAGCAUACAAUCAGAAAAUUCUAUUAUAUACAGAGAUAAAAAAUCCAUAAAUGUUGUAUCAAAUUGUCCAUCUACAUCCUUCAAAAACAAAUUUAAUGAAGUGGUAGAUUCAUAUGAAGAUGUAAGAGUGUUGAAAAAACCAAGACGUAGUUUGCGUGCUUCUAGUGCCGAUAGCAAAAUCAAUUAUUCUAAUGCAACUCGUUCAAAGCGAGCUAAAUCUAUAUCUAGUUUCUCCUCAACAAUACAAUCAAGUGAAAAUCAUAGAUCAACAACUAACACUAAAGAAAUUCCUCCAAAUAAUGAGAAUUAUCAACAUGAUACAAAAGUAUCGGAUACCAAUAAUCAAUAUUUUAAAAGUAAUAAUGCUUUAGAAAAAUCUUUACAAAAUGAUUGUAGUAUAAUUGAGAAUGAAUUUCUUAACUCAGAUAUAAUAUCUUGCUCUACACGUUCUAAAUCUCUGUCUAAUACCUCAUUAAAUAAUUAUGCAGCUAUUGAAAUUUUAAAUAAUAGUAAUUUAAUUAAAGAUAAUACAGUUAAUAAAAUCAUACCAUCUCGUACAAGACGUGCUAAAUCAUUAUCUAAAAUUCAAACAGUUACUUUGCCUAUUGCCAGUACUAGUUUAAUUCAAUCAACUAUUUCAGAAGUUUCAUUUUCAAAGAAUUUAAACUGUCAACAUAAUUUAAAAACAUCAAAACAUGGUAACUCUGACAGUAUUGUUCAACAUGCAUUGAUUGAUGAAAUUUCUAGCAUGAAAUCAGUUAAUAAUGAACCCAUUAGAAAAACUAGAAGAAGUGUACGUGCUUCAAGUGAAGAAUCAUAUUUAUCUGUAAUGACUCCUUUAAAGCGUACCAAGUCUUCAUCUUAUUUACGUUCAAAAGAUCAAGCAGUUGAUAUAUCAAUUAUUAAUGACAGUGUACAUUCUAAAACUUUAGAAAUGUCCCCAACUAAGAAUGCAAAUAUUCAAUGUAAAUUAAAACAACCCAUAUAUCCAGACACACCACUACAUGAUCAAAAGGAAUCUCAUAAAUCCUUCAAAUCUAUCGUUUCAAAAGUUGAUUCUAUUACUAGUGAUAAAAUAAUUUCAAAAAACAUAGAUUCACCUGAAUUGGCUACAAGAAAAACCCGAUCUAAAUCUAAAAGUACUGAAGAAGUCAAUCAAAUUAUUACAGACAACCCGUCAAAUCUUUUUCGUUUUUCUGGUAUGGUAGAUGAUAACAAUCGUCAAAAAAGAAUUUCACUAUCAAAAAACAAAAUUAAAAAUCAGGAAGAUCUUGCACAGCCAAGACGAAAAAGUGAACGUUCAAAAUCAUUAACACCAGGAGAACCAAUAUAUACUAAAAAAACUGCUUUUGGUCUAGAACAAAUUCCAGAAGAAGAACCAUGUAGUUCUGAAAAAAAUAUAUUAGAAUCAGAUUAUCAAUUAGUCAAAAAAUCAAAGUUCAAUUUUGCAUCUUCUAAAUUAAAAAAAUAUUCUAAAAAUAUUGAAUUAAAAGUUGAUUUUCCAGAAAAAAAAAUUAUAACUCCUAGAAGAUCAAAAUCAGUGCAACCUAGCCCAGCUUUAACAUUUUCAACUGUAAAAGAAAAACCAAAAAGAAGCUGUAGUAUGAAUUUAAUUAUUUCUGAUGAUAAAACGCCAAAUAAAAAUGACUUUUAUCCAGCUUUAAAAAAAGCUUUAAAAUCUACAAAAAAAAUAUCAAAAAAAGCACCAGAAAAGUCUUUAAAGUUAAAAAAUAAUGAAACAGUUAUCACAGAAUGUAAUCAAGAUUUUUCUGAUCAAGAGUCAAUUGAAAGCAGUGAUUUGUCUGAAUCAUUAGAAAAAUGCUCCCCAAUUGCUGCAGGUACACCAAGACAUAUGAUAUUAUAUACGCCGGCAAAAAAAAUAAAAAUUCCUAUGUUAGGAUUGGAUUCUGAUGGUGGUGAUUCAUCUACAAGCUCAAAUGAAUCUACUGAUUCCAAAAGAGUGAUGACUCGUUCAAUGAGCCGUAAUGCUAGUUACAUAGAGCCAGAAGUUAAUGAUUCAGUUAUAAAAAAUUCUAGAAGACUUUCUAUUACUGAUAGUACAAUUAUGUCAUCAAGUAGUAAUAAACUAAAAUCUAAGUUAUCUACUGCAGACACUAAGAAAAAAACUUAUAGUAGUGAUACAUCAGAUUUAAUUAAUUCACCUAAAAUAAACAAAACUAGACCCAUUAAAACAACAGACAAUGAAAAUAAAAUAAAAACUAAGACUAAAACAUUAAAAUCCAAGGUAACACAUGUUGAAACUGAUCCAAAUGCAGAAAAUUCCAUGUUAAAAAAACGUAUUACUCGUUCUCAAUUAUCAAUUUUAGAAAGAGAUCAACAAAUCACAUCUAAAAAUGACGAACGUGAAGCCCAGAGUUCUAAGUUCACCAAAUCCAAAAUUAGCAAGCCUAAAGAAAAAUUAAAAAAAAAGUCUAACAAUUAAAUGAAUUGUUUUACACAAUAUAUAUAUAUAUAUAUAUUCAUGUAUUCAUUAUAUGUUUAAAAAAAUAACUCAUUUUGUUAUCUGUCAACCUAAUAAAUAUUAUUUAAUGGUAA